AGUACACAUACAGCGCUACUUUUCACCAUCGUGGUAUCGGUGGUCUGCUGGCAACCAUUCCCAUCAGUUUCAGAGACCGAGGAGAGACAUGGAGAUUAAGGCUACUGCUUCGGCCACGGUGCUGCUCCUCCUCCUUGCUUGGUGCUGCAACGUUCAUGUUGAAGCACAGGUGCCGAUCCCAGCUAAGAUUGAUGGGUUUGUGUACAGAGGAGCUCCUGUUUGGGGGCACUCAGUGGUGGUGGAAGCCUUCUUUGAUCCUUUAUGCCCUGACAGCAGAGACUCAUGGCCGCCACUGAAGAAAGCCCUGCGCCACUACUCUGAUCGCCUCUCGGUCGUGGUCCACCCCUUCGCACUGCCUUACCACAGCAAUGCUUUUAUUGCUUGUCGCGCACUUCACAUUGCCAAUAAGCUCAACGCAUCCUCAACAUACCCACUGCUGGAGCUCUUCUUCAAGUUUCAGGAAAAGUACUAUAACCAGCCAACUUAUAAUCUGCCAAGAGCUUCCAUAAUCAAAGACAUGGCUCGGCUAGCGGUUGCAGCUAUCGGCAAGAACUCGUUGUCGACAUUCCUAUCUGGUUUUAAUGACACAAGAACUGACUCUGCAACAAGGAUUUCCUUCAAGUAUGGAUGCUCAAGGGGAGUGACGGGCACACCUUUCUUCUUUGUCAAUGGAAUGCCUCUAUCUCAGUCUGGCUCAGAACUGGCUUACAAGGAAUGGAGAAGCAUUAUUGAUCCACUUCUAGAGAGGCAAAUUUAGAUGGUGAAGGAAAUUGAACUUGUUUCAAGAUUCAAUAAGAUGUUGGCAAGGAAAGGUGGAAUGAUCUUUCUAAUUUUUGCAAUAAGAGCUUGAUGAUGAACUACUUGUAGAACAUACUAAUAUGUGAUUUUGUGGGUUAUUGUUUUAGUGGAGUAGUGUGAUUUAUCAGAUUUGUAUUACAAAUUGAGAUUAAUUAACUCAUUAUGACAUCGUGACAUAUCCCAUCUUAUAGUCGAAAA